UAUUGUGUCCGCCAUCUUGUAUACAUCCCUGCCUCGACUCAUUAACAUUUUCGUGCUCGAGGCCUUCGCACGCAAACUUAUUUUUCAAAAUUUAUAUUAUAAUAUUAAGGUUUUUGAAGCAGUUUAUCAAGAUUAUAAAGAAGUUUCAUCAUGGGAAAGCGGAAAGCAGAGGAAAGAGAGGCAAAAAUUAGGAAGAAAAUAAGAAAAUUGGAAAAGAAAUUGGCACCAAAAAGAGGACGUAUAAUGCGUUUACCUUCCAGCUCAAGUGACGAAAACAACGAUGUCAAUCAGUCGGAGAAUGACGCAUUAUGUGAUCCUUUGUCGGUGUAUUUUGACACCACGGCCGUACAUGACGAUGAACGUCCAGACAUCAUGUCAGCGACGGCAUUACCUGGAACAGCUGUCGAAACGACAGUUUUGCAAGACAGUGGUGCCGAUUCUGCAGUCCCAGGUCCGGAGGGAAGUACUGACCCUGAACUAGAUGGUUCAAUUCUUUCAUUGUUGGGUGACGCCCCUGAGAAUAAUAGUGAAUUAGGACUACCUAUACAUAAGGAUAUUGCCACUAGGUGGCAAGAGAUUUUGCAGAAGGGUUUAAAAGAAGACAUUAAAAAAGACUUAAUCAAAUUAUAUCCUAUACCCAAUAAUUUAGAAAUAUUGAUACCGCCAAUCCUAAAUCCCGAAGUAAAGGCAGCAUUAACAGAGCCUCUAGUAAAACGGGAUUUUGCUAUAUUUCACAGACAGAAGCAGACCGGGAUAGCAUUGUCUGCUCUUGGCAGAUCGGUAGACUCGAUAGUAAACGACCCCGAUAAAAGUUUACAAAAUAUUGAGAUAAAAUCAGCCUUAUUAAGACCAAUUAGCGAUGCCUGUCGCAUUUUAUGCGACUUAUACCAACUUGAGACCAAGAGGAGAAGAACUCAUAUAAUAAAUUCAAUAAAUAAUAAGAUGAAAGACAUAGUUAUGGACACAGUGCCAGGAAAGUAUCUUUUUGGUGACAAUAUAUCAGAAAAGCUCAAGACAGCCCAGGGUAUUAAUAGAUCUGGGCAGAUUUUAAAGGUCAUACCAAAUAAAACACCCUUCUCUAAUUCAAACAAGAAUACUAUGACGGCUACACCUAGCAAUGUUAAGUCUUUAAACCAGAGGACCCCAUAUCGGAAAACAGCUGCACGUUCUUAUAUGGGGAAACAACGACUGCAGGAUCGUGCAGCACCAGCAACGGUGGCAACAAGCAGCCGCCAGCGACACUACCGCCGCAGCCCGCCGCCGCCGCCCCCUCGACGUCAGAGACAGCAGCGCUAUUGAACAGUAACGACAAGAAUUCAUCACAAUCUGCACAGUUCACUAGAACUGAUUGCCGUGAGAUUGUCAGGGAGACACUACUAGGACGACAACUUUCCCCAAGAUCUGUGGAUAUCAUGUUAGCAUCAUUGACGGAUAGUACAUAUAAGCAAUAUGAUGGCUGUAUUAGAUCAUGGAUUAAGUAUUGUGAGAUUAAUAACAUAUGCUAUCAUUCUGCAUCUAUUUCGGAAAUAAUACAUUACCUUAGUCAACUUUUUGAUCAGGGAGUACGGUAUGGCACUAUUAACUCUCAUAAAGCAGCAAUAAGUUUGUUAAUGGGAAAUCCCAUAGAUGAUAAUAGGAUAAAGAGAUUCAUGAAGGGAGUAUAUAGAUUACGACCUCCCACACCUAAAUAUGAUAUAGUUUGGGAACCUAAUAUCGUUUUAAAUUAUUUAAGCCAAUUCUGGCCCAACCAUACAUUAAGUUUAGAAGAUUUGUCAAAGAAAACAGUCACGCUUAUUGCUUUAGUAACGGCUCAUCGUGUCCAGACCAUCUCCCUUAUCAAAAUCAGUAAUGUUGUUAUAAACCAGGGUAGUGAAGUUAUUAUUAAAAUACCGGAUUUUAUAAAGACUUCUGGACUUAACAUAAAUCAACCUGUAUUAAAACUCCCUUUCUUCACUCCCCGGCCUGAGAUUUGUCCAGCGUUAAGCAUCAUUGCUUAUUUGAAUAAAACUGCACCUUUACGUGUAAAUAACCAAGAACGAUUAUUCUUAAGUUAUAAAAAACCUCAUCAGGAGGUUUCCUCCCAGACUAUAAGUCAUUGGAUAAAGUUUAUUUUGGGUAAAAGUGGCGUUGAUGUAUCGAUUUUCACCGCGCAUAGCACUCGCCAUGCAUCUACUUCAUCUGCCAAUAGAAUUGGAGUCAGUAUUGAGGUAAUAAAAAAGACAGCUGGUUGGAGUGAACAAUCGGGAGUUUUUGCAAAAUUCUAUAAUAAGGAGAUUAUUAACGAUCAAAAUUCAUUUGCUCGAUCCAUUCUUACGAACAAUAAUAAUAAUUGUGACUAAAUUAAGUAAUCUGUUUGUAAUGUAGUUAUAAGAACUGAAACUUUACUUUA